AUGGGCGGGCCUUGCCGCGCGCGCUUCCUCGACAACCCCACCACUUACCUGCUGCUGCAGGUGGCGCUGCGCCUGGGCCCGGUGCGUGAUGCGUACUGCCUGGUCGACUGCAACGACGGCCUGUACCCGGUGGCGCGAGACAACCUGGUGAUGGUGGUGGGGCGCGUGCCGCCGAGAAGGCUCACCAUUGCCCACUGCUUGCGACCUGGGUCGUGGGCGCUGGUGGCAGGCCUUGCGGUCGUGUGGGUGAUGGCUCGCCUGGCUGCCGGGGCGACGGGUGUCCACCAGGGCCCGGUUGCAGCCUUCCUCACCGCAGCGUCCGGCCAGGCGGUGCGGCGGCGCCCGGGGAGCAGCGGCCUCGCUCUGGUGCUGAGCUGGUGCGCGGUGGUGUUGGCCGCGACGCUCCGCGCCCAGCUCACGAGCUUCCUGGCGGUGACGUCGGAGGCGCCCCAACCGCAGACGCUGGCGCAGGCGCUCGCGCGGCUCACCACGGUGUACGACCGCACGGCGCUGUUUCGCACCACGCGGGCCGCCUACGAGGCAGACGAGGGUGCUUUGCUUCUUUCUUUCCUUCUUUCC